AUGUACAUGUAUGUGUGUGAGGCUAGAAAAGGGGGACACAAGGAUGUAAACGAGUUUUUCCAGAAGGAAAGAGACUCUGUUAACGAAGUUUCUCUACUAAUGAAGGAAGCAAAAGAGAAUUAUAUGAAGAUAGUCUAUGGAGAACAGAGGGUAGCUGUUGGGCUGUCCCAUCUGUCCACAGCUCUGCACUUAGGAGGGCAGCUGCAAGAGGGCGCCGAUGUAGUAGUCAACAAACUUUUCACACAGUUUUCAGAAGGAUUAGAAGAUGCAAAGCAAGGGUUAGAGGUGAUGGCAGUGAAUGAUGAGAACACUCUCGGCUUCUCACUAGACCUUUAUUCUCGCUACCUCGAGGCAGAAAAGGAAAUGCUAUACAGGAGAACGUGUAAGAUGAUGGAAUUUGAAGCAGCCUCAAAAGCUGUGGAGAAAGCCAAGCCACAGAAAAGAGAAAUGGCUGAGGCAGCCAGGGACAAGGCUGAGAAGGAGUUUGAAGACAUCUCUAAGGUGGCAGAGAAAGAACUGAAGACCUUCCACCACCAGCGGGUUCUGACAUUCCAGGACAGUUUGGUCCGACACGCAGACGCCAAGGUCAAGGCCGCCAGGGACACCUACGCUCUCCUCACCAAGUGUGUCACCGCGCUCAAAACUCUCGACACCAACUUCAAACCACUCUAAGGCUCACACAGGGAACAGCUCAGCCCCUAUGCAGACCAGGGUUAGGGAACGUGAUACAAAAACAGCCAAGACAGAGCGAAGAGCUAGUAGUUACUGCCAGCUGAACCAUAAUGAUUGCCACUGAAACAGAGCUGUGAACUAUACAGUAGAAGGGGAUUUUGUACAAUGCAGCAUUUACGUGCACUAACUGUUGUACAAUGCAGCAUUCAUGUGCACUAUACAUAAAAGACUAGAAUGUGAACAUAAUGUAGGGAACAGAAAACUCCUUAAGUGUUACAAGAACUGCUUCUCAAACCUGUCCACAGAAUUCUGAAGUAGCACUGAUAAUUGUUGAUCUCCGUGGUCCUGAGUCAGGCCAAGUGUCCAGCUUGUUUUGCAGGGAGUAAGUUUGCAUGUAGUGCCUUCAGGUUUGGUCCUUAGUUUCGUCUCCAGAGCUGAGCUCAGAAAAACAACACAGUAGCAAAUACAUCAAUAAGGAAUCAGAUUCCAACAUGGCAGGAAAUAACAGUUACUGAAUGUGAUGCAGAAGACUUGAUUGUUACAGAUUUAUACUGAAGUCUUCAGUACAGCUGAAUAGUUCCAAAGUCACUACUUUAGCUGUGGCUUGUUGAGCUCAGCCGUAGGCUUUGCAUUGUAGCAUGUGGAGGCCAUUCAUAUUGUACAGAGCAAUCUACAAGGGGAAAAAUGUACUAAGUCAAAACUUCACAGUAAUGGAAAAUAACAUGUACAUGUGCAUGUAACAGCCUUGUUCUGUAUUGUGUUGUUCGUCCAUGAAGGUUAGACAUCCACGGCAGAUCAAAAGAACUCAGUUACUCAAGCAAGAAACUGGAUAAAUUCUGAAAAUUGUCAGAUGUUUCAAGUAGUAUCCACUGCUUUUUGUCAGUGAUAAAAUAUAAUGAGUGCUACUUGAAACAUCAGAAAGUUUUCAAAAUCUAUCCAGCUGAGUAACUUGAGUAAUGUGUCCGUCAUUAAAUAAACAAGCUCUGAAGACCCGUCGAUGUUUAUCAGUGAAAGGUGCAAGUCUGAGCCAGAAUGUAGGUAAGACAAUAAAAUAAAUGCAAGGUGCAAUCAUAGAAGACAUUUGAUAUAAUUAUGUGGAUAGAAUGGCUGCAAAGGCAGCUGUUGACAUCUUUGUGCUGGAAUCUUGUAUUUUCUGUCAUUUAGUAAGUCUUUAAGCCUUUUGUGAUGCAUUCCUUUUCAAAGUGAUUAUAAGCUAAAUGCUCAAAUUUGUACCUGAUAAUGAUGUUGACUCUACAUGGCUUUGCAGAAAAACAGUUCAAAUUUAUAUCCAUGGCAGCCCAACACAUGGAAGCUUUGGAAGAAACUGUAGCAAAGAAAAAUCUUAGAAUUGUCGCUAUGUGUGAGUAUUAUUGAUUCCAUAGAGUAAAGGUUGGAGGAACUUGCAAAAUUCUGUGUACAUGUAUCAAAUUUAUGUCCAUGUUUUCCUGCCGACAGACUCUACAGCUGGUUGGUAAGUUGGAAUGAGGUGCAUCUGUUCCAAUCCCUCAGUAAUGCUAACGUAAUGCCCAGAUGGUCCAGCACAGCAGUGUACAGGUCAUGUAUUUUCUUCCAUCUUCCUGAAGAUGUGAUGAGUUUGAUUCUAAUUAUUGUUUGAUCGUUGCACCAGGUGUAAAUGUAACUCUACAAUACGAUGAACUUUAUGAAAUUUUAGUUAUGUUUUGCCAGAUAAGAAUUACCUAUAAAUAUAUGUUCACAUGUACAGAUAAACUGUCAGCAAAUGAUACUGAAAUACAAGUGCGCCUGGUAUUGAACCUUGUAUGAAGAUACAUUAGCUGUAGUUCUGGUAUGUAGUCCAAUGGCAAGCCCUUUAUCUGUGAAUAAGACUACAUGUAGGUAAAGUGACGUGAUCUGUGCAUGCUUAAGCUUGACGCUUGUGCAGAAAACAGGCUGGGAAAUAGUUUAGUAUUUUUGCAGCUACACAUUGAUAAUAAUGAUGCUAGCAGAACAUGUACAUGUACAUCCAACCUGGCCACUUAUUGCCAUGUUGAUAAUGAAGAUGAUUAUGAUAUUGCAAAUGGCUCUUGCUUCAAGUAAUACAACGUUUAUCAGAACAAGUUUUAUUACUUUUAUUAUUGCUGUAAUAAAGAGGAAUUACCAUGAUGAAUAUGA